AUGCCGGGCGAUAUUGGGAAAGAACGGAAGAAGUCGACGCCCUCUCGCUCAGUAAUGUUGACAAAUUUAGACAGAUUUGUGGAAAACUGGGAGAAUCUUGAAGUUGCAGGAGAGAAGGUACUUUCAAAAAAUGCCCGUAACCAAUUGGACAAGUUAAGAGCACAUAUUGAGAAAGGUUGCUUGGAAGGGAUCCCUCCAAAAGCAGGAACAAGUAGACAGGAAUCGAUGCAUAAAAGCCUCCGGAAAGGCGUAGAAAAAAGGAGAAUUGGUGUUAAAACAGCAGUGGCAAGCAUAGGUACGUGCCUAUACAGGUGGAACGAAAGGCGAAUAUCAGAAAAGGUAGGAUCGUGUCAUUCGGCAGUUCCUGUCCCAGUCACCGAGUACCAUGACUUGUCGAUGGAUCAAGAAGAAGUAUUUGGUACCGGAGUGUUUCAAAAUCCAAACAGUUUUAGCGACGAUGACUUGGAAGAUGGCGCGGAAGUCAAUGCUAGAGAAAAUGAUUCAACAGGGGAUAGCAGUAGCGAGGAAGAGGAAUAUGGGACUGAUAACGACAACAAUGUGAAGAUCACGACAGAAGACACGUAUCAUAGAGUUCUGGAGUAUGCUAUGUAUAUGAAGAGCCUAUCGCAAGAUUUGCAAGCGAAAUGUGAUGCACCUACAAUGAAAGUAAAUGUGACUCAGUGUGUUGGACGGAGCCUUCUAUUAUUUUCAUCACGUACACGUUAUUCCAGGCCAGACGCGGAAGAAUGCGACGAGAGGUUAAACAGCAUUUUAAAUGCAUUUCAAUUCCAACAGUUGCCGAUGCCCGGAGAUGGAGACUGUUUUCUACGUUGCAUUUCCAUCACUUUAAGCUCUUUUCUAACAAUAAAUCAAGGGAACUCAAAACUGAUCACGUACUUGAAAUCGAUCGGCAUCAGCACGGAAAGGUCUAACGAGGAUAAAAUAAACGUUCUCAGACAGUUGAUUGUGCAAGAAUUCACAGGGCCCAAUCGGCACCUUUACGAACCAUUUAUGAUAACAAACACCACUGAUUCAUAUGAUACAGAAGCUCAGAAGUUCCUUAGGCCAGGCCAUUAUGAUUCUGAAUUAGGAAACUGUGUGCCAAUGGCAAUGAGUAAUAUCCUGCAAAUACCGCUGGUUAUUUUUACAUCGAUGGAAAAUUAUCCCAUUACACAAAUAAUUCCUAGAACAAGAGUGCUUUCCGAAGUUCCGAUAUACCUCGCAUAUAAUCAUGGUGGCAGCGGACACUAUAAUUUGGCAGUUGAAGUAACUCACACGCAGUCAAAUUCAACUACAACUGAAGCAACCAGCAAAGAGGCAGACAAGCAUUUGCAAGUUGAGGCCGACGUUCCCCUCAACAUGAGGCAGGGUGUUCGUGUGGUCGCGGAAACCCAGGGAAGACAGGGAAAAGUGAAUUCUGCAAACAAUAUAAGUCACGCUGUCCUUGUUUUCGUAAUCUGCGAGGCUGCAAUGAAAAGUGUUCCUGCCGUUUGUGCGCGAAUCCGUUUGGUAGAAAAACUCAAGAAAAAGGGAUCUUUGGUCCGCUACCAAGAAAGAGACAAAAACAAGAUCUUCAGAAAGAUAUGA